AAUCAUAUUAAUAUUACAUAUAUAUAUAAUAUAUAAAUGGGUUAGUGUAAAUGUGCAACAUAAUGUUGUUAAAAGGAUGAAAUAGCAUCAUAAAAAAUAUCUACUAGAUCUAUUUAAGUUUCUAUCAAAAAUCACAAACUAUAGAAGGAUUAGACUUCUGAUUAAAUUGAUGCCUUGGUUCAAGAUGAUUUAGACUCUGGCAUUAUGAAAAAUUCAAUGAACAGCAAAGUUUCAAUUCAAGAGAUUUCUAAAAACUUGGUAUCAAACAAAUAGCCAAUGCCCUAGUAAGUUAAAGACACCAUUUAAAGCCAAGAACGCAAAUUACUUCCAGUACAUAAUAUUUCAAUAAUUAGAUGAUGUUAUUGCCUAAUGGAACUAAAUAUGAAGGACAAUGGCUUAAUGGUAUGAGAGAUGGCUAUGGAAAGUAAAUAUGGCCAGAUGGAUCAAUCUAUGAGGGCUAAUGGAAACAAGACAAAUCAAAUGGUUAGGUAAAUCAAAUCUAAUAUGAAGGGAAAAUUGAUUCAUGCUGAUGGAGAUAUCUAUGAAGGAGAAUGGGUUGAUGAUGCAGCAUGCGGAAAAGGAACCUAUGUUCAUUACAAUGGAGCUAGAUAUGAAGGCGAAUGGCUUAACGACAAUCAACAUGGAGAUGGCAUUGAAGUUUGGCCUGAUGGAGCAAAGUAUUAAGGUCAGUAUAAAUUUGGCAAAAAAAAUGGAAAAGGAUAAUUAACCUUUAUUGAUUAAGCUUAUUACGAAGGUAGAUUUUAUUAUAAAUUAAUUAGGUAAUUUUAUUGAUAACGAAAUUUCUGGGUUUGGUGUUUAUAAAUGGACUGAUGGAAGAGAAUAUAUUGGUAAUUGGUUAGAUAAUAAAAUGCAUGGAGAAGGUACUCUUAAAUGGCCAGAUGGAAAAUGUUACAAAGGAGUAUCUUAAUUAAAUAUUUAAGAAUUAUUAAUAAGAUAAGAAAUAAGGCAGAGGAGUAUUUUAUUUUGGAGACGGUAGGAAAUAUGCAGGCACUUGGAUAAAUGGAAAAUAAUGUGGCAUUGGAAUAUUUUAUUAAACUCAAAAUUAAUAUAAAAUAGGAGUAUGGAGUAAUGGAUAAAGGACAAAAUGGCUCAAUGAUGAAGAAUUAGAAAAUCAUAAAGAUGAAGUCACUCAGCUUUUAGAAUUGUGA